GUGUGUGUGCGCGCGCGCGUGCGCGGGCCCGCGGAACGAAGCACCCCGUGCCCGUGUGCAUGCGCCGCCCCUAUCGUGCUCCAUCCCCUCCCUCUGUCCCUCUCUCUCUCUUCUCUGCGCCGGUGGGACUGCCGACUUCUGGCACGGUCGUAUCUACGCCCUUCCGGGGAAAGGAGGUUCCUGUCGGAUGCACGGCUCUUUGUCGUGCAUCCGAUGUGCCCACUCCCCCUGUGGGGCGUAUUUAAGCCCGUCCCCCCCUGCACUCUUGUCGAUUCCCGACCUCCCCAGCAUAUCCUCCGCCCGCCUGUCUGCAUCUUCGGAUUCUCGCGCUUCUUGGCCGCUGACACCUCUCCCGUUCAUCCUCCCUCUCUCUCUCUCUUCCCCCCUCUCCCCGGCCGAAUCAUGUCCCUUCCUUCCUCCCAGGCCGAGACUGCUGUUGCUAACAAGAUGCGCGACCUGCGCAUCGCCAAGCUCUGCCUUAACAUCUGUGUUGGUGAGUCUGGUGAUCGUCUGACUCGUGCCGCCAAGGUCCUCGAGCAGCUUACCGGUCAGACCCCCAUGUUCUCUCGCGCUCGCUACACCGUCCGCCAGUUCAACAUCCGCCGUAACGAGAAGAUCUCCUGCUGGGUUACCGUCCGUGGCCCCAAGGCCGCUGAGCUCCUCGAGAAGGGCCUCAAGGUCAAGGAGUACGAGCUCCGCAAGGUCAACUUCUGUGACACCGGCAACUUCGGUUUCGGUAUCGAUGAGCACAUCGAUCUCGGUAUCAAGUACGACCCCUCCACCGGUAUUUACGGUCUGGACUUCUACGUCGUCAUGAACCGCCCCGGCUUCCGCGUCGCCCAGCGCCGCCGCUGCAAGUCCCGUGUUGGUGCUCCCCAGCGCAUCUCCAAGGAGGAGACCAUCCAGUGGUUCCAGAAGACCUUCGACGACGCAGACACAAUCACCCUCCUGCGUAAUGACUGGCGCUUUUCCGCCGUAAGUCAAUUCCUAAGCCUCUUCGGCUUGGGCCUCGGCGUGCCGGAGAUCGCCACUGAGGCCCUUGAGCGUGAGCUUUCCAAGCCGGCUGGUUCCUCGCCCAGUGUGGCUCUUCGCAUUGCGGCGCAGCGUCUCUUGCGCCACCUGCCGCGCCCUCCCCUCUUCCCGGGGUCGGCCAUUCCUGGACGGUUUGCAUUGCCGGAUCGCUAUCCGGAGCAUGUCCCCAUUUGGCAGGCUGCGCUUCAUGCCUCGCUGGAGCUCUUCGGCCAAGAGCAGGAGGCGUGCAUUGCCGAGGCCGCGAGUAUCAAUCUGUCCACCGGCCGGCCGCAUGCUUUGGACCUGGCCAACCUGCUGGAGGCGUCCUUUAAGGAUUUCACCGCCGAGUCUCGGAAUGACGUGCUAAACUCGUCUCCUGGCUGUGGGAAGGGCCUCUGGAGCCUGGAGCCACUUGAGCGCUUGGCCAUCUUCCACGCCCUAUGUGAGGCGCAGCUGACCCGGCCCGACUAUCUACGCACACGGGCGUCCGCCAUCACAACGGCCAUUGCGUCGCACGCGUCCACUUCCUCCUCCAAUGUCGACCUGGCACCGAAUUUGGACGAUGAGCCGGAUUGGCGCAUCGAGCCUUUUGCCGUUGACAGCGACUGGAACUCGUAUUACAUGUUUGAUGACACUCGCGUAUUCCGGCACUCUUAUGGCCAGCCCCCGCCUUUGCUGGAGGCUCCUAUGACCACCGCACCCGGGGACCGCACGAUCCGGUCCACAUCGCGCGAUGUCUUCACCUCCUGGCCGGCGGAGCCCUGCUCCGAGACUUGGGAGCCAGUGGCCUUGGAUCGGGACGCCUUUGUGGCCCUGCCGUCGCUCAUUUGCCCGGUCUCAGCCGACGAGGAGGAUGACUCCGACGAGGAGGGCAGCGAGGACGGCGAUGAGUCCGGGUCCGAUGACUCGGAUGCCGAGGCCGAUGCCGAUGGGUCGGAUGCCGAGGUGGCCUCCGACGAGGAGGGAACUGAUGCCGCGGCCCAGUCGGACGAUGAUGGCCAUGACGCCCCGGAGGCCGACACCGAUGACGAUGAGGAUGCCGAGGGUGAGGAUGACGAUGAGAAUGAGGAUGACGACGAUGAUGACAGUGAUGAGUCGGAGGGCGACGACGAGGAUGCGGCCCUCCUCCAGGCCGCGGUGCCGUACGUGUCGGCCGACAAGUUGCGCCCGGCGCUGGAUCGGGUAUUUGAGUCGCCGCUGUUCGCCGCGAUUGUCAACAGCCUGGAGAACCGGGAGCGGGUGCUGGCCCGCGUGGCGCGGGACAGCACCGAGACCGUGGCCGGGCUCGGAUCGGGCACUGCGAUGUCGGUGGCGCACUCGGCCUCCGGCGAGGUGGUCGGCUUUGUGGAAGUCAAGCGCUCUGCCCGUUUGGCGUCCAUCCGCGAGCGCCAGGCCGCCGUGGAGGCGUACUCCGCGGCGGCUCGAGCGGCGGCGGCCGAGGCGGCCGCCACAGCGGCGCGCGAGGCCGAGGCCGCCGCCGCCGAGCUCCGGCGUCGCGAGCUCGACGAAGACGCCACCUGGCCGGGUUGGGGGUCGCGCGCUGGCAUGGGCCAAGUUGACCUGGCCCCGGCCCCGGCUGAUCCCCUGACGCGGAGCAUGCUUGGCUAUGGCCAAACCCCGGGUGGUGGGGAUCUCUACACCCGGCGGGCGUUGCGUCGGCUGCCGGUGCGUGGGCUAGUGUGCCCGGCCCGGCGAGAGGCUGGUCGUCUAUUGCGAAACAUCGUCCGCCGGGAUUUGGCCGCGGCAGCUCCCCCCCUGCCGGCCAUCCCGGUGUCGCUGAGUCGGGCUGGUGCGCGAGCGGCCGUGGCCGCGGCUGCCACCAGUGCUUUCGCGGCUGGAGCUCCAAACUUCGGCAAUGCCGGGACUCUGGGUGUGGUUCUGUCUGGCCUGUCGGCACCGGACCUGGUAGCCGUGUGGGCUCUGCAUGAGCGGGCGGCAGCUUCCUCGCGCGGGGCCGCGCGUGAGGCCAUCGCCCGGGAGCUGGCGGCCAUCGCCGCUCGAGCUGAGCGGGCCAAGGCUGCGGCGGCCCGGCGUCGCGAGGCCGCUGCCGAGACCCAAGCCAAGGAACGCACGGCCAAGGCCGCCAAGGCGGCCAAGGAGAAGGCCGCGCGUGAGGCGGUUCGCGCACGCGAGCAGAAGGCCCGCGAGGCCGCCAAGGCCAAGGAGGCCAAGGCCAAGGAGGCGGCGAAGGCCAAAUUGCAGAAGGAGCGCGAGCGCAAGGCCAAGGAGGCUGCCAAGGCGCGUCAGCAGAAGGCCAAGGAGGUUGCCAAGGCGCGUGAGCUCAAGGCCAAGGAGGCUGCCAAGGCGAAGAUCGCCAAGGCCAAGGACCUGGCAAAGGCCAAGGCCUCCACGACGGCAGCGUCGGCGGCGGCGGCGGCGGCUCCCGGAUCUCCAGCGCGUGCGGCGCGGGCGUCUCGCGCGGCGCGCGCCUCCUCCGCUCGACGUGGCGUGGCGGCGGCGGCGGCGGCGGCGUCGACCACCGCAGCCGGCGGCGGCCCCAUCCAGACAACACUGGUGGUUGGCCGGUCGGUUGGCGGGGAGUCCAGCUCGACUGCCGCCGGCCGGGCUCCCUCGCUGACGGUGACGCUGCCCCGGGUGCCCGGGUCGUCGGCCCCAUCGACGCCUUCGCGCUCGGCUGCCGGCGGGUCUGCGCCGUCGGGUGGCACUGAUGCCGGGUCUCCCCAGCGUAUGGUUCAGCAAAAGUUGGUCUUUGGCCUGAGCCCGGUGGUGACGGUCACUGCUGCGGGCAGCCGGGACACUGAUGCCCCAGCCGCUGCUACGGCCUCGUUGCCGGUGAAGCUCCCUGCGUCGCCAGUGAAGCGCGCAUCCCCGGCAUCCGCCACCAUCACCAGCAAGCCUGGCAGUACCAAGCGGGCCCGCGGCAACGCGCAGCCCCGCUCGCCUCGCGAGUAGGAGAGGCCGCGCCUAUCCCUGUGAGACCACUGCUGCCACUGCUGGCCAAUUGGUGUAGCGAUGUUGUUUGCACGUCGGCAUGGCCAUGUCACAGGUUGCCGAGCACGUCUGCCUCGUUGGUGGGGGGUACUCCUCAUCUUGUGCCCGGAGCAGGGA